CUCAAUCUUUCUACAGUAUCCAGACUCUCUACUCUUUCCCACACACAAGGCAACAUACCAAUCACUUUAUACCAAAGUUUCUCCAACCAACCCUUUACCAACACCAACAUGAAGUUCACACUCACCUUCUUCCUCGCCGGCCUCGCCUCCGCCGCUGUCAUCCAGCAGCGCACCGCAGACGAGUGCGCGACCUUCACGCCUUUCCUGGCCCCCCUCUGCGCUGUUAGCAGCCUCGCCACCAACCUCCUCUGCCCGUUCACCCCGCUGUCUCUCACAGCCAACAUAUGCCAGGACAUCGACACCGACUGCCCCAUCCACCCGCCCACCUCGUUCUUCGGGCAGCUCGACCAGCUCACACUCAGAACGUGCCGCAUCUCUGUGUUCCCUGAAUUCAACUGUAUGGGCGACUCGGUCGACAGCGGGACUCUGUUGGGGAAGCAGAAGACCAAUUGCAUCGAGGCCCCCUACUUUGAUAAGCUUGUUGAAGGCGGUGUUGCUUCUGACACCAUAUUGCCGUUCGGCUUCAAGAGUGUCAAGUUGGUCUGCGCUUGA